GUCUGUCAGAAACUUGAGACAUGCUGCACAAGGCUACACUUCAAAAUCAUGGGCAAACUGUCAAUCUUUUUGUUUGUUCUUUCAUUUUACACCAUUGUCAACGCAGGUUCAGGAUCACAUUCUCUGUGGGCACUUGCAACAUACAUAAUCGGAGAGACACCUUUCCCUGAGUUUACAGUUGUGUUGAUGUUGGAUGAUGUUCAAAUAGGUUACUAUGACUCCAACAUGAAACUGUCUGUCUACAGGGGUUACCAUAUUACAGACAAAAUGAAUGACGAAGCUCAGGAUGGAACUUAUGUACUUGGAACUAUGUACCACCACAUGAAAGAGAGAUCAUUUCGCCUAAAGCACCACUUAAAUCUCACGGAAGGUGUUCACGUUCAGCAAAGAAUCGGUGGCUGUGAGAUACUGCACAAUGGUGAACCGGCCCUGAUCAUGACAAAGAACUCUUUUAAUGGAAUUUUUGCAGAUUAUGCGGUAUAUUACAACAUGACACAUUUUACAUAUGAUUCUGGGCAACUACUACUAGGAUAUAAUUGGAUGAGGCAAGCAACUGAAAGAACACUUUAUGCUAAUGUUUGGCUUCCUAUUUGCAUCAACACACUGAAAAAAUGCCUGAACAGAGAGAAGAACUUUGUGAUGCGGAGAGUGCCUCCCAGACUCCGGUUGAUAAAGAAAGAGGUUUCUGGAGACCUCCAGGUGAUCUGCCUGGCGUUUGGUUUCUACCCCCGCCACAUCAACUUGACCCUGCUGAGAGAUGGCCAUCCAGUGGCAGAACAGGAUCUGACAGGGGGGGAGGUUCUGCCUAGUGGAGAUGGGACCUACCAGCUGAGGAAGAGUAUUUAUGUCAGUACUGAGGAGCUAAGGGAGAAACACAACUACACCUGCACUGCCUCUCACCUCAGUCUGAACAACAAGCUGGAUGUCAGUUGGGAGUCUGGGGCAGAGAGAGUUCACCUAUUCAUCCUCUCAGCUCCACUGGUGAUGGCGCUGAUUGUUAUUCUGUUCUGCAUUUUAAUUUGCCUCGCAAGGAGGAUACGCGCGGCAUCGCAGAAUUUGCAACUAGCCAGCGUUGAUGCAUUAGAGGCAGAUGAAAGGAACCUGCCAUCAGAUUCUGAGAUCUAAUAUUUUUGGGGGACACUGAUGCAACUUUGUCAAUUCACAAUGACACCUAUGACUAUGAGAGCAGACACAAAAUGUGCCAAUCAUUAUUUUAUUAUUGGUUGAUUUCCCAACCCCACAACAAACAACUAUUAAAGGAUCAAGUUGUGGUGACUUGACAAUUACAAAUAUCUGGGCAUUGGUCCAGAUUUGCAUGUAUAUAUUUUACAUUAACAAAAGUAAUAUUUUAAUCAUUUAUUUCAAAUCAUGACUUUUCAUGAAUUACACAAUACACUUUAUAUCUGUGUUGUAUUUCCUGAUAUCCAGUAUCUAAACCAGGAGACAGUGGUGUGUAUUUAUGGGUGCCAAGGGAAGCCAAAGAAUUUACAAAGAAAAAAACAUUAAAUCAUUUAUAUUUCGUCUCUCUGUGUUUCAUUUUUUUUUCAGUUCUUAAUUUGAUGAAUGUAUCUCACCGGAGAAAUCAUCCGAGCGAGCAAAACAGCCCCUCUCUAUAUCUGUAUGUGUAGCCCCAUCUAUCUAAUGCUGUCUGGUCAAAAGAGUAUAAUAUUGUUGCCACCAAUAACAUUGAACACAAUUCAGCGCCGGGUUGUUUAGCAAGGAUACUGCAGGAGUCUCUAUGGAAUCUACAGACCCUUCCACCGGUGCAAACAAAGGACUGGAGGCACGCGCUCGCUACUGUGCCGAAUCUUGAGUUUCAUCUGCUAGGGCCUAUACACUGACAUUUUCUUUCAAGAACGUUUACUCUUAAAUUCGGUUGAUUUAAGACUAAAAUUAACCAGGGCCAAGGAUGAGUUUUGUCUGAUAUCUGCCACGGACGGUGACUUUAGUUUAAACGUGUAAAAGUAUUUAGUCAGCCACCAAUUGUGCAAGUUCUCCCACUUAAAAAGAUGAGAGAGGCCUGUAAUGUUCAUCAUAGGUACACUUCAACUAUGACAGACAAAAUGAGAAAAAAAAUCCAGAAAAUCACAUUGUAGGAUUUUUAAUGAAUUUAUUUGCAGAUUAUGGUGGAAAAUAAGUAUUUGGUCACCUACAAACAUCUUUUUAAGUGGGAGAACUUGCACAAUUGGUGGCUGACUAAAUACUUUUUUUGCCCCACUGUAUAUAGCCAAGCUAUCAUUGACUUGGUACUGGUACCUCAUGUAUAUAGCCAAGCUAUCAUUGACUUGGUACUGGUACCUCAUGUAUAUAGCCAAGCUAUCAUUGCUUAUUGUGUAUUUAUUCCUCGUAUUACUAUUUUUGUUUCUAUUAAUAUUAUUUCAUUUGUUAUUGUAUUCUGUGUGGAAGGGCCCGUAUGUAAACAUUUCACUUUUAGUGUACACCUGUUUUUUAUUACAAUUAAAAUGUGAUUUGAUUUUGUUGCACCCCCACAAAAGAAACGAAAGAAGCAAACACCUGCUGACCUGCUGGAUGCUGGUAGAGCUAAAUCAAGCACACUUCAGUAUUCAGCAUGUAGUUUGGUCCACUUUUGGUUCCACCUGCACAAUCACCCAAACAUUUUGUGUCAAGUGUAGUUAAUUGCUAUUGUCUCCAAGUGCUACCUGUUAGCGUUCCUGUUUAUUUAUCCAGUGUUUCUCUGUCCAGCAUAUCUCAUUUUUAUGUGUAAUGGUUGGUGUGCACUGGGAGGAUGAGAGUGAUGAUAGUGUGGCCUAGUCCAAAUUCAGUGGAACAAGUUUGUGCCUACCAAUUUCCCUAUAGAUCCGCUCUCCUUCUCGCUGGGUACGCCGUCCUCAAUUAUUUGUAAUCCUUGAUACUUAUUGCAAAACUAACAUUGAAUAUUAUUAUUGGAUAGCUUAUUGUAUGAGCGACAGCACUGAAGAUGAUGUUUGAUAUGUGUUAAGGAAUUUCUGUUAAUGACUUAAUAAAGGCAACCUUUUGCUAACUCACUACA